GGCGACGGUGCUGCCGCCAUUUUGUGGGGUGUUUGUCGCAGCGACUGGAGGGGGACCACGGCAGUUGGGUGACAUUUCUCGGCCAAAGGGCCAUUUGUUUUUGCGGAGAUGCGGCAUUCCAAACGAACUCACUGCCCUGAUUGGGAUAGCAGAGAAAGCUGGGGACAUGAAAGCUACAGUGGAAAUCACAAACGGAAGAGGAGAUCUCACAGUAGUACACAGGAGAACAGGCAUUGUAAACUACAUCACCAGUUUAAAGAAUCUGAUUGUCAUUAUUUAGAAGCAAGGUCCUUGAAUGAGAGAGAUUAUCGGGACCGGAGAUACAUUGAUGAAUACAGGAAUGACUACUGUGAAGGAUAUGUUCCUAGACAUUAUCACAGAGACAUUGAAAGCAGUUAUGGAAUCCACUGCAGUAAAUCUUCAGUCCGAAGCAGGAGAAGCAGUCCUAAAAGGAAGCGUAAUAGACACUGUUCAAGUCAUCAGUCACAUUCGAAGAGCCACCGAAGGAAAAGAUCCAGGAGUAUAGAGGAUGAUGAGGAGGGUCACCUGAUCUGUCAAAGUGGAGACGUUCUAAGAGCAAGAUAUGAAAUCGUGGACACCUUGGGUGAAGGGGCCUUUGGCAAAGUUGUAGAAUGCAUUGAUCAUGGCAUGGAUGGCAUACAUGUAGCAGUGAAAAUCGUAAAAAAUGUAGGCCGUUACCGUGAAGCAGCUCGUUCAGAAAUCCAAGUAUUAGAGCAUUUAAAUAGUACUGAUCCUAAUAGUGUCUUCCGAUGUGUCCAGAUGCUAGAGUGGUUUGAUCAUCAUGGUCAUGUUUGUAUUGUGUUUGAACUGCUGGGACUUAGUACCUAUGAUUUUAUUAAAGAAAACAGCUUUUUGCCAUUUCAAAUUGACCACAUCAGGCAGAUGGCAUAUCAGAUCUGCCAGUCGAUAAAUUUUUUGCAUCACAACAAAUUAACCCAUACAGAUCUGAAGCCUGAAAAUAUUUUAUUUGUGAAGUCUGACUAUGUAGUCAAAUAUAAUUCUAAAAUGAAACGUGAUGAACGCACACUGAAAAACACAGAUAUCAAAGUUGUUGACUUUGGAAGUGCAACUUAUGAUGAUGAACAUCACAGUACUUUGGUAUCUACACGACACUACAGAGCUCCAGAGGUCAUAUUGGCUUUAGGUUGGUCCCAGCCUUGUGAUGUUUGGAGCAUAGGUUGCAUUCUUAUUGAAUAUUACCUUGGGUUCACAGUCUUUCAGACUCAUGAUAGCAAAGAGCACCUGGCAAUGAUGGAACGAAUAUUAGGACCCAUACCAACACACAUGAUUCAGAAAACAAGAAAACGCAAGUAUUUUCACCAUAACCAGCUAGACUGGGAUGAACAUAGUUCUGCUGGUAGAUAUGUUAGGAGACGCUGCAAACCAUUAAAGGAAUUUAUGCUUUGUCAUGAUGAAGAACACGAGAAACUGUUUGACCUGGUUCGAAGAAUGUUAGAAUAUGAUCCAACUAAAAGAAUUACUUUGGAUGAAGCACUGCAGCAUCCUUUCUUUGACUUAUUAAAAAAGAAAUGAAAUGGAAAUCAGUGGUCUUACCAUAUAUUUCUCUAGAAGAGAUUACUUAAGACUGUGUCAGUCAACUAAACAUUCUAAUAUUUUUGUAAACAUUAAAUUAUUUUGUACAGUUAAGUGUAAAUACUGUAUGUUUUGUAUCAAUAGCAUAAUUAUCUUGUUAACUAUGGGCUUGAUAAUGAAAUAUAAAAGUUAAGAUUAAUUUUCCUUCUUGAGAUUAAUUACCCUUUUAAAAAACCUUUGGAAUGUUCUUUGUGUCCAGUGACGAAUGUGAUUGAUUUUGUCUUUUGUACAUGGAGGUCUACUCUGAAGUGAUUUUUUUUUUUUUUUGAGUAAAAGGAAAUCUUGACUACUUUAUAUUCUUAAAUGAAUAUUCUUUAUAUACCUCAAAUUUAGUACUUUUCUUAACUUUUAAAGUUUUUUCUGUAAUUGUUGAACGUGUAAUAUUAUUAACUAGAUAGGCAGGUACUGGAAACCAAAACCCAUAGAAAAUAUUUACUGUUAGAAUUUUAUUAAACUGUAAGUAUUGUGUUCUGUUUAAUUGGGUGAUGUUGGUGGUGAUAAGUUAGGCAUUCAUGAGAAAGCAUCCAGUCUGUCCAUCGUGACAGGUUGUUUAUGAAAAAGCACAUACAUGCUUCAUUUACAAUCAAGUCUAACUGGAAAGUGAGCUCAGAAAAUCACAUUUUCCAAGGGCUGUUUGGUGAGUUGCAGAUGUAAAAAUAGGAAUUUCAAUGACGGGUUUUAAUUUUUAAAGCCAAAUACUGAGGAGUCUUGAAAUUGUCUAGUAUUUUCUUAUCAAAUGAAGUAAAUAUUUAAAUCUCAGCCUGUGAGAAAUAAGGUUAUUAUUAAACAAUUAUAUUUGUGUUAAUCCUUACUAGAGAAAAAGAAGGAUGUGAUUGAAAAGCACUUCAGGAAGAAAGCUCUGCAGAAAUUUCCAGACCUCGGUUGGUUAACAUAAAAUUUUUGCCUAUUGGUAUUUUUCUUACUGUACCUUGUUUUCACAUAAAAACUACAUGAUAGAUGUUAAUUUAGUAAAAGAAAAAAGUCUUGAUAUUCA